CUUUGGACCUCCUUCACUCGCCCUUCUCCUUUGCCUCCACUGCAGUGUCUUGAUUUAUUUUUCUUCUCCUGUUGAAAACAUGAAGAUUGAUUUUGCCCCCAUGGACAUACCUCUCCAGAGGAGACUGCAGACUGCCAUGGUCCUGCAGUGGGUCUUUUCCUUCAUUGGCCUGGCACCCACCUGCAUCUUCGUCUUCUUUUACCUGCUCUUCACUCGCUUCUGGCUCAUCAGUGUGCUGUAUGCUGUCUGGUGGUACUUUGACUAUGACACUCCUGCACGUGGAGGCCGCAGGGUGCCCUUCUUGUGCGGCCUCAAACUAUGGGAGUACAUGCGGGAUUACUUCCCCAUCAAGUUGGUGAAGACAGCUGACUUGGACCCCAAGCACAACUACAUUCUUGGCUUCCACCCUCAUGGUGUGCUGGUGGCAGGAGCCUUUACCAACUUCUGCACCUACUCUACAGGCUUCAGACAGCUGUUUCCAGGGAUCACCAGCUACCUGCUCAUGUUGCCUCUUUGGUUCAGAGCUCCAUUCUUUAGAGACUUCAUCAUGUGUGCAGGACUCAUUCCUUCAGACAAAGACAGUGCUAGUUAUCCAUUCUACAACAAAAAAGGUGGCAAUGCUAUCGUAAUAGCUGUUGGAGGGGCACCAGAGGCCCUCGAUGCCCACCCAGGCACCUACAAUGUAUUAUUAGCCCAUAAGAAAGGCUUCAUCAAAAUGGCCAUGGAGUAUGGAGCUCAUCUGGUACCAGUUUUCUCUUUUGGGGAGAAUGAUGUGUAUGAUCAAGUGGAAAACCUGAGGGGAACCUGGCUUCGAUGGUUACAGGAAAACCUACAAAAGAUCAUGGGUAUCUCUCUUCCUCUCUUCCAUGCACGAGGCAUUUUCCAGUACUCCUUCGGCCUUAUGCCCUACAGGAAACCCAUCCAUACAGUAGUUGGACGGCCAAUUAAAGUGGAGAAGAAAGAGAAGCCAACUGCAGAGGAUCUUGAUGCCCUCCACCAGCUGUAUAUGGAUGAACUCAGCAAUCUGUUUGACGAGCACAAAGCCAACUACGGGGUGGACAAAGACGCUCACCUGAACUUUGUCUAAGCUGGACCAAGGAUUGGGUGGAAUUGAGCACCUAUUUAUUUGUAACGCUCUGGUGCUGCAGGUUCACAUCAUUUUACCGUUUCACCAGCGCUGUACAACUGCUCACAGCUGAUCUGUUAACUAAAGACAAAGUUAUUGUUUGUACACCCACACGUCCUGCUCCAUCUGUUCAACUCCACCGCAGGUUUCCACUUAAAAAUGCAAGUGGGAGGGGAGCUGGUGUAGCUCACUGGGCGAACUGUGCUCCUUAAGGCUAUCGCAGCGGUAUGGGUUCAAAUCUGUCCUGAGGACAUACACGUCUUCCUCUCGAUCGCUCUCUCAAUUUUCCUGUCUUCUCUCCACUGUCCUGUGUCAAUACAGGCUAAGCAGCCCAAAAAAUGUGAGUGCGACAGGCUGCCUUUUAAGUCUUAAAUGAAAGAAUUUCAUAUGUUCUU